ACUUCCGUUUAUCUUCCUGUUUAUGUCAUCUAACGAGCCCAGUACCCAUUCAUUGACUGUACCAAAACCACAGUGAAUCAAUCGUCUUGCCAACAUUUCGCCAGCGGUUCCUGUCGUAUGGAAGCACUGGAUCAAGCAGCAGAAAUCAGACUUUCUACAUUUCCCUUCAAAAUGGAAUUUCCACCUCAGAAAUUUUAGCAGAUGGCAAGCAUCCAACCAGAAUGCUACAUCAUUUUAGGCCUCAAUCAUUCCCCUGAAAAACUACAAAUUCUCCACUGCUGUUCCAAGUGAGCCAGCAAACGCAUGUCGCGAAUCAGGACCACCCUUGACAGUGUCACCAAGGCAGUAGGCAGCACGGACCUCAUCUCCAAGUUCUCCCGCCUCAAGCCCGGCAGUGCCUCAGUUGACAGCACAAAUGCGGAGAAAGCUCUUGUCAAAGCUGAGAUCUUAACCGCCAACAACACAGCUGCUGCUCCACCACCUGAAACCACCAUGAAGGAAGAAGAAGAAGACAACAACUGUGAGAGGAAUAAAGCAGAGGAAGAGCAAAUCACAGAAGAACCGUUUGUCUCCACAAAGAAGUCCCCGUCGAGUUUAGCUUCAGCAGCAACUUUGUCUGCAGCAAGCUCUUCCUCAACUGUGGCUAAACAAACUAUGCAGCUGUUUCACCCAGCUGCUCUGUCCACCAACAUGGAUGAGACUUACAGAACUCUGGCUCAGCACAUCAAUGACUACUUUGGCACUAGCACACAAGUGGAAGGAGGAGACAGUAAGACAAUGCAGGGACACAAAGUAGAAGAUGAGCAUGUGUCUGAGCCCUUUCUCAGCUCAAUUCCUCAAAAAUCUAAGGACCACAUUCCUAUUUUGUCUCCAGUGGCAGAGGCUAAACGCACUGAAGCACCCACAACAUCUCCUCCUCCUUCAGAGAAGCCAUGUUCUCCAGUAGACACACUUUCUCCUGACACCCCUGUACCCGAAAGUGCACCUCAGCCCGUCCCUGCGCCCACUACCUCUCCUAGAAAAGGCUUCACCCACUAUCUUUCCUAUCCCCGACCCAGCGUCCAGGCAUUUGUCGGCAGCUACAUUGCACCGCUGGUGCCCAAAUUCAGAGGGGAUUCAAAAAGCAUUGCAGCUGAAAAAGAAAAACCACAAGCGGUCGCUGUGGAGGAGUCCGCUUUGGUGAAGGAAAAAGAGAAGACAGAGAGUGAGGAGGAUGAAGAAAAGAAAGUGAAGCAACAGCUGUUGAUGCAAAGAGAAAAGAUAAUAGCCAGAGUGAGUGUAGAUGGCAGAACCAGAGCUCUGGUGAAAGGCCUGCAGAGAGUCACUGAUGUCAAACUUCUCACCAGUCGAGUGGAGGAGCUCAGCAACCACCUCCUGGAGUUCCCUGAGACACGCGGUGUCGCUGUCAAGGAGAGCCUGUUGCCCUCCCUGCUGCGUUUGCGCCAAGCCAGGGAUCUUUCUCUUCAGGCAGCUGUGAGGGAGGCGCUGGCCCUGGGUGGCUACAGCGAUCCAGUCAAAGGCAGAGGGAUUCGGGUGUUGGCAAUAGAUGGAGGUGGAACAAGGGGACUUCUGGCUCUACAGACUCUCCAAAAACUGCAGAACUUGACCGGCAAACCAGUCCACCAACUCUUCGACUACAUCUGUGGAGUCAGCACAGGGGCCAUAUUGGCUUUCAUGCUGGGGAUUUUUCAGAUCCCUUUAGAGGAGUGUGAGGAGAUGUACAGGAAGCUCGGCGCUGAUGUGUUCAAACAGAACGUCAUAGUUGGAACGGUUAAAAUGGGCUGGAGCCAUGCUUUCUAUGACAGCGAAAUAUGGGAAAACAUCCUCAAGGAAAGGAUGGGCGAUGGGAUUAUGAUUGAGAGUGCCAGGGACCCAAAAUGUCCUAAAGUGUCAGCAGUGAGCGCCAUUGUGAACAGGGGUUUACCUCUGAAGGCCUAUGUGUUUAGGAACUACAGACUCAUGCCAGGAGUGAGAUCCCACUACCUUGGAGACUGCAAACACAAAAUGUGGCAGGCCAUCAGAGCCUCGUCUGCUGCUCCUGGAUACUUCCAGGAAUUUGUGCUGGGAAAAGAUCUCCACCAGGAUGGAGGACUUCUAAUCAACAACCCCACAGCGUUGGCCAUCCAUGAGUGUAAGUGUCUGUGGCCCAACACACCUCUACAGUGCGUGCUGUCUUUAGGCACCGGGCGGUACGAGACCGCAGGCAAGAACAGCACAGCUUACACCAGUCUCAAGGCAAAGCUCACCAACGUUAUCAGCAGUGCCACAGACACAGAAGAGGUACACACCAUGCUAGACGCCCUCCUGCCCCCUGACACCUACUUCCGCUUCAACCCCUACAUGACCGAGGACAUCCCGUUGAACGAGAACCGCACAGAUAAGCUAAACUUCCUCAAAGACGAGGGGGAGCGCUACCUGGAGCGCAACGAGGCCAAGCUGAAGAAGGCCGCCAGCGUGCUGUGCCAGGAGAAGAGCACCAUCCAGAGAGUGGCCGAGUGGGCCAAGCUCAAAGCUGACAUGUACGAGGGGCUUCCCUUUGUCUCCAAGCUGUAGGUGUUGGUUUGGCAACACGAGUGAACACAAGAUUUUUUUUUUUUUAAGGUAAGACGACAUGUAGUGAAAAAACUUCAAAGACCUGAUAGAGGAAGUGUUGGAAGGAGAACAAAUGGACACUGUUUUCUGCAUCUUGUGUGGUUUCAUUAUCAUCUACCUGAGGACUUUUAAGAAAAUGUAAUUAUUUUUUAAAAAAGGACAUUAAUAUUAUAUAAAGAACAGGGUGAGUGAAUGAUGGAUACAGAAUGUUAUAAAAUAAUUCAGCAGGUUUGACACUAUGAAGGGAGAAAGAAGAAGUUCAUUAAAGUGUGAAUUUUAAAAUGUUUUGGAAUGCACAAAGACAAUAUUGUGGUUUCAAUACAUAAGAAUUUAGUCAGGAACUACUGGUUAAGGACUUCCUUUACAUUUCAGUAACUUGAAUACAAUAUUGCACAAUGACUGCCUAUUUUUAACACUGUACAGAAGACAGACCUCAUGCACUUUGUAAAGUAGGAUUCUUAAAGAACUAUACAUAAUAUUUGAAGUAAUUGUAACUUAUUUGAAUGCUUCAGCUGUAAUUAAAUAAUGAGACAAAAUAAGUACUACUAAUCAUUCAUUUCAUGUUCUUGUGUCGAGUCGACACAAACCGUGUAACCGCUCCGAAAUCUCUUCUGAUCAAGUAUCAGAAUGUGAUUAUUGUUUUCCUCUUUGCACAAAGCAUGCUCUCCAUUGUGGCCAUAUUAUCAAGCUUAUAGAGCUUUUGCCUUUAACCUUGAUCAAGCCUGAUGAAUUCCUCAGUCUGGAAACUUUUUUUUUUUUUUUACUGUGAGCAUCUUUGUAGUUCUAUUUUGAUGCUUAGUGGAAUGCGAAAGAGAAAAUUGUGUCUUGAAAAAAUAAAACCUGGUUUUUAAAACCUUGA